UACCGAGUAAUCAUUUCCUGAUACCUGUUAUCCGAACCUAUUGUGUCCGCACUUUCAACUGAUUCAUUCAAAAAAGCCUAGGUACUCAUAUUGACUUCCUAGAAAAGGACUAACAUAAGCCGUAGGCCUUCUGCCUUCAUUAUACAAAUCUGAUUCUGAAGGUCACCUAUAAUUCAGAUUCUCAAGGACAAACCUGAUGACUAUUUGGGCGUGCAGCUUACGCAAGUUCCUCUUGAUCGGGAGAAACGUUCUACUUUGUUCCGUUGUUUCCAGAUACAAGCGAUUCAUUUCGAAUUUAGCUUAUCCUCCAUCUUCGGGGUUGAUAAAGCUCCCGUUGUUUGCUCUGGCAUUCCCUACUAUUCAGCUCAAAACGAUUGGCUUGGACCUUAAAGACUUCAAAAACCCUGAUAUAUUCGAAUGCAUUCUAUCUAUGAACAGCAAGUCUCUCUCUAGCAUUUUGAAGGGUAGUAAGGAGGCUGUAAAAGAUAGACAUUCUUUAGGAUGGACUCCACUAAUGCUUGCAGUGGUUACCAGGAAUUACGAGGCAGUGAAAGAAUUGUUGAAGUCUGGCUCAAAUCCUAAUGACGUUGACUAUUAUGCUGGUAUCGUAAGAACUGCACAUGAUUUGAGAAUGAUGUCUUCGGAAGUUGAGUGGAUACGGCUUACACAGUUUAGUGACUUUCUGAAUCCAUCGGCUGAUUUUCGUGGUUGUUCUGCACUUCACUAUGCUGUGUUAAUAAAUGACUCCAAAUUGGUUCGUUUAUUGCUGGAAUUUGGGGCUGAUCCGACUAUAGUGAACGAACGUGGUCACCGUCCAGCUAUGUACGCUAAAGACUCCUCUAUCAGGGAUUUACUAGCUGAGGCUGAGUCGAAGAAGGCAGAAGAAGUGGCUGCCAAAGAGCGAGAGGAAAGACGCCUUCAACCACUAGAAAAUCGUUUACGUAAAGUAAUUGUUGGUCAAGAAGCUGCUAUUCGCACUGUUAGUGCAGCUAUAAGACGUAAAGAAAAUGGUUGGUAUGAUGAAGAUCAUCCACUUGUAUUUCUGUUUCUCGGUUCAUCCGGUAUAGGCAAAACGGAGUUGGCUAAACAAGUAGCAGCAUACUUACAUAAAGACAUUAAAAAGGGCUUUAUACGUAUUGAUAUGUCGGAAUACCAAGAAAAACAUGAAGUGUCCAAAUUCAUCGGAUCACCACCGGGUUAUGUUGGUCAUGAAGAAGGUGGUCAGCUUACACGAGCUUUAGCUGCUUGUCCUAAUGCAGUUGUUUUGUUUGAUGAAACAGAGAAAGCUCAUCCAGAUGUUUUGACAGCUUUGUUACAGUUAUUUGAUGAAGGACGGUUAACAGAUGGGCGUGGCACUACAAUUAACUGUAAAGACGCUAUAUUCAUUAUGACAUCGAAUGUUGGAAGUCAAGUUAUAGCUGAACAUGCGCAACAACUACGAUACGUUUCCGGAAAUGAUGGUUUGUUGUUAUCGUUACUUUUUGAACUCAUUUAUUAUCACUGUUUAGUUUGUCAUUUAAUAGUACAACAUAUAGUCUAACACAAAAGUCCAUCAGCCUAAUUUUUCAUACUACAUAUUUACGAUGUGAUAAAAUUAAUGAGACUCAUUGUAGCACGAAUGGAAAUAUUUUUGUAGCAAUUUUGUUAAGAAAGACUAGAGAUUGACAAUAUGUUUCGAAAAGACAAUGAAAAGGUAUAUAUGAAUGAAUACUGGGAUUAAAGAUCAAGAGGAACACAAAGAGUGAAAAAAUUUGAACCAUUAUGACCGACUUGUCAACCAUCAACCCAUCAGGGCUAAUCAAACAUCCAAGGUAAUUCAGUUGGUCAAUGCAUGGAACUAUUUCGCUCCUCGUUAUUAGUUUAGGGGUUGAUGCAGAUUAAUGUUAAAGCACAAUUUUAUAUGUGGGGGAGAGAAACACAUCUUAAAUAUGUAUUAUUCAAGACAAUUAGAAGACUGCUUUCCCAGCAUCUUCAUCAAAAAGGACUAUUUCGUCUGCGUACUCCAUGUCGAUUAGUGAGUUCCUAGGAUGGAGAUCAAUCCCUGACAGCUGUCUUUUCCUCGUCAAGGAUCACCCUACACGGCACCAGACUCCUUAACAAUCAUUAGAUAUUCAAGUCACAGCGUCCAUGUCGAUCCAUAUUUCCAAACUCUAGUUAAUUCGUGAUAUAGGACGGUUGGUAUUUAACUACACCUUGGUUGGUUUCACAGGUCACGGCUUCUGACUUAGUCUUUUUAGCAUCCGUCUUGGUGCUAAUUAUGAAUGGAGACAAUUGUUAUUUACUUAGGUUAUUUUCGAGUUUUCAGUUCAUCGUAUAAAGCCUUAACAGGUUGUUGUGUUCAUAAGAUCUCGGUAUCCUAUACCAAAUGUUUGUCUCGAUUUUUCUUACCUGUGACACAGACGAGACGGUUGACUACGUAUCGAAAAUCAUGUAAGCUCAAUUUUCUCAUUCUCUUACUUUACGAGUGCGAAAUUUCGAAUGUUGUAGAUGGCAUUUAUAGGUUGACAAUAUACGACAAGAAAUGUUUAUGUAGCAUUAUUUUCACAUUUCGAAUCCAAUGUUUAUUUUCUUAUCUAAAUUUACUUCAGAAGCUGACAUUGAAAUAUCUCGAGACUUUAAAGAAAAAGUUAUGCGUCCGAUAUUAAGGGUAAGUAGAGUAGGUAGGUCAGUAACAAUGAUGACUAAUAGACUGUUAUCCAUUAUUUUAGUCUUCUUUUUCAUUUAUUUUGUGUCAACCAUAAGCUUAUUUAGAUAUAUUGUUACAUAAAACAAUGCCUUAAAAUCUCAUCGCAUCUUAUGGAUAGAUCAUUGAGUUCGAAUAUAGGACUGGCACAUUUGAAUUGGGUUCCAGUAAAUAGUCUACUUAAGUAUUAUGAUUCAAAAUUGAUUACAGUGGCAGAUUUGCAUUCAUUUUUUUGUUUUACUGUAAGUCGUAAACUUAUAUUCCCUUUAUUCUUUUUGAAAAAAACGUUUUGCACUCAGUUUUUCAUUGUUGAUAUGAGCUGUCACAACCAGUACAGCUUUAUGCCAGGUCCUGUAUUGCUUAUAGACAGUUUCAUCAUAGCUCUUCGAUUAAGUGGGACUGACUGAAUCAAUGAUUGUGUUAUUCACUGAUGCCAGUUUUGUUGUUUUCUUACUUCUGAAUUCCUAAUUCCGUUCUUUUUUUUGAAAGCUUAUAUGCGGUUUGCCCGAGUAGUAAUAAUCGUAUCCGCUCACCAGUGAUUACGAUCCAGGUGCAUUUUCAGAAGUCCUGGUGCAAGGCUAUUAAAUUGUAUAGUAAAUUAAGUAUAAGCUAAGACAGACAUCAACGUUGGUAAAAUCAAAUACUAGCCCUAAAUUGACUGAAUUCGUGAAGCUUCGACAAUAUCUUACUUGUUGCAAGAUUUAAAGGUUGAUAGUUAGCUUUUCUACGUGAGGUCUUGGAUACAUUGUGAUAAGACAUUAGUUGUAACGAUAUAUAUAUAUAUAUAUAUAU